GUCACUAGGAGCCAAACUUCCAGAAGUCAGCAGCAGCAGGUUUGUGGUUGCUGUCAUGGCUGCAGACUGGGCCGGGUUCGGUUAUGCUGCUCUGGUGUCAGCAGGAGGAAUCAUCGGUUAUGUGAAAGCAGGCAGCGUCACCUCUCUGGCUGCUGGGCUCCUGUUCGGCCUGCUGGCUGCAGUCGGUGCUUAUCGAGCAUCUCAAAAUCCAAAGAAUGUCUGGCUUUCACUCGGCACCUCGGCGACUCUGGCUGUGGUGAUGGGACUGAGAUUUCUCAACUCGUGGAAGUUCAUGCCAGCUGGUUUAAUGACUUUAGCAAGUGGACUGAUGCUGGUGAAGAUCGUCACUGGAAUGCUAAAGAAAACACAUAAAACUUGAAAAUAUCGAAAUUUACAUUUCUGUCUACAUAUUUUUUUACCAAAAAAAAAAAAAAUCUAAUUUGUGCUUUCACAUUUACAAACAUUCCCUCUGUGCAGUUUUCUAUCACAGUCUGUAUAAAAAAUGUAAUAUAAAAUAUUUUUUAGAGGAAAUAGUACAAGAAAAAUAUAGAGUUGGGUAAUAUUU